AUGGGAUACCCUACGCCCUACCCCAUAAGCGACGAUCCCAAAAAGGCAUUAGCAAAGUACAACCGCGCCUACGAAACCGAAGCCAAGAUUGAAUUCUACUUCCAACUCUUCAUGAUCGCAGCAUACGGCUUCAUCAAGGCAAGUAUCAUCCUCUUCUACCGCCGGAUCUUUGUCUCGAACACGAAAUCCAGAUUCGCCAUUGUCUCCAACAUCUGCCUCGCUGUAACGGUGGUAUGGGCCGUGACAUUCUUUCUCCUGUUUUUAUUCGGCUGCAAGACAAAGAUCUACCUCCAUUGGGCGCCUAUCCAGGAAGUAAGGGAGAAAUGUGGAGACCCCCUUGCCGCUGAAUCGGCGCUGGUCAUUUCGGACCUGAUCACUGAUUUGGCGAUACUGUUAUUGCCCUUUCCGAAGGCUGACGAUGACAUGCAGAUUUGGAUGCUUCAAAUGUCUGUGAGACGGAAGAUUGCCCUGAGUUGUAUAUUCGGGGUGGGGUUGAUGUAA